AUGUCUGCCAGCCCAUCUCCUUCCGCCGGUGGCGAUAGCAAGACAAAUGAACAGGUCCACUUUCGUUUUUGUCGCGAAUGCUCGAACUUGCUCUACCCGAAAGAAGACCGCGUCAACAACCGUUUGAUGUUUACGUGUCGAACCUGCCAUGUCGGCGAGCCCGCAAGCUCAUACUGCGUCUAUCAAAACAAGCUCAACAGUCAAGUCGGAGACACAGCUGGUGUGACUCAGGAUGUGGGAUCUGAUCCUACGCUUCCUCGGUCGAACAAGCUCUGCCCGAGCUGCGGUGAAGCCGAAGCGGUCUUUUUCCAGUCUCAGCAGCGUUCUGCAGAAACCGGAAUGAAACUUUACUAUGUCUGUUGCGCGUGCGGCAACGUCUUCGUAUGA